AGCGAAGGGGGAGGGACCGCGGAGAGGCCCCGGGCGGGAGAAGGCGAGCGGCCAGGGGUCCGGCGGGAGUGCGCUGAAGCCCCGCGCUGCGCGGUCCCACCUCCCCGCGCCCUCCACCGGCUCCGGGGCGCGCGGCGGCGGCGGGCGAGGGCGCCUGAGGGGCCCCUGGGGGCCGCGCGCCCGGGGGCGACCGCCGGGCUCGGCCGGGGCGCGGGGCCCUCGGCGGCGCUCCCCGGCUCCUUCCCCCCGCGCCGGGCGCUGGCGGCGGCGGCCGGGGCGGGGAGCGGCGCCGGGCCGGGGGCGGGCGGGGGGCGGGCGGCGGCGGCGGGGCCGGCGCGGCGGAGCGGGCCGCCAUGGACGACAAGGCGGCCACCAAGGAGCUGGACCAGUGGGUCGAGCAGCUGAACGAGUGUAAACAGCUGAACGAGAACCAAGUGCGGACGCUGUGCGAGAAGGCUAAGGAAAUUUUAACAAAGGAAUCAAAUGUGCAAGAGGUCCGUUGUCCGGUCACUGUCUGUGGAGAUGUGCAUGGUCAGUUCCAUGAUCUUAUGGAACUCUUUAGGAUUGGAGGGAAAUCACCAGAUACCAACUAUCUGUUCAUGGGCGACUAUGUAGACAGAGGUUAUUAUUCAGUGGAGACUGUGACUCUUCUUGUGGCAUUAAAGGUGCGGUAUCCAGAACGCAUUACAAUAUUGAGAGGAAACCAUGAAAGCCGACAAAUUACCCAAGUGUAUGGCUUUUAUGAUGAGUGCCUGCGAAAGUAUGGAAAUGCCAAUGUUUGGAAAUAUUUUACAGAUCUGUUUGAUUAUCUUCCACUUACAGCUUUAGUAGAUGGACAGAUUUUCUGCCUCCAUGGUGGCCUCUCUCCAUCCAUUGAUACACUGGAUCAUAUAAGGGCCCUGGAUCGUUUACAAGAAGUUCCACAUGAGGGCCCCAUGUGUGAUCUGUUGUGGUCAGAUCCAGAUGAUCGUGGUGGCUGGGGUAUUUCACCACGUGGUGCUGGCUAUACAUUUGGACAAGACAUUUCUGAAACAUUCAAUCAUGCCAAUGGUCUCACACUGGUUUCUCGCGCUCACCAGCUUGUAAUGGAGGGAUACAAUUGGUGUCAUGACCGGAAUGUGGUUACCAUUUUCAGUGCACCCAAUUACUGCUAUCGCUGCGGGAACCAGGCUGCAAUCAUGGAAUUGGAUGACACUUUAAAAUAUUCUUUCCUUCAGUUCGACCCAGCACCUCGUCGUGGAGAGCCUCACGUCACCCGGCGCACCCCAGACUACUUCCUGUAAACCCCUCCGGGGAAACCUGCCUUUGUAUGUGGAAGUAUCCUGGCUUUUUAAAUAUAUAUAUAUUUAGAAAAAAAACACGAGCAACAGUAAUCUAACUGUAUCUGUAACAAAUUGGGAUCUAUCUUGGCAUUAAACUAUAUCAUGGACCAAAACGUGCCAUACUAAUGAUGAGCAUUUAGCACAAUGACGAGCAUUGACUGAAAUUUAGUACAGUUCUAGAUCAGUCGAUCUUAACAGUUUGCCUGCUGUAUUUGUAGUAACCAUUUUCCUCUGGACUGUUCGAGCAAAAAAGCGUAACUAACCCCUUUAUCUCCUUUUGCACUUAUUUGGAAAUUUUAGUUAUAGUGUUUAACUGGCAUGGAUUAAUAGAGUUGAGGUCUUAUUUCUAAGAAAAAAUUCACAAGCUAACUUACACCCAAUCCAUUACCCUUUAUUUUAUUGAAAUGUAUAAUUGAAGAAAAGAUUCUUUUUGGGAGUAUGUUGUCAUAACAUUGAAAGAGAUUUUCCCCUUCAUUUAAACUGAAUUACUGUUUUAUGUUGGUCUGCAUAUUUCUGUAUAUUUGUCAUGACAUUGCUUGCAUCCUAUUUGGUGUACUGAGCAAAUAAACUUUUCAUUUUAAACA